AUGCCGAGCACCAACAAUCAGCGCAGCUCCAACAGCUCUCGCUCUCAAGGAAGCAGUUUGCUCAAACGACGGCAGCGAUGGUGGAGAUGGGGCUUGUCCUCUACCCGUCUGAUUCUGUUGCUGUUGGUCAUUGCAUUGGGUCUUCUUCUACUAGAACGCAGUGGUGUUGGGACUGCCAACAAUGCAGACUCGACUGUUUUGAAAAACUCUAAUACCAAGGAAAAGAGCUUCGACUCUUCUACUGAUGAUGGCCGUAGAGUGAUUCUUAAAGACUUUCACAUUCAAAAUACGACUCCACCUAAACCGAAACUCACAUAUGAACAGCGUCGAUUUCUACAGACUAUUCCACAACGAACUCCACCUGAUCUUGAACGAGGUCAAGCAUACUUUACAUCUGGCAUGUCUUCGAAAAUCACCACGGCUUUAAAACUUAGCAAAAUCAAAAUCACUGGAUUCAAUUACUGCAAAAUGUUGGAUGGAUCGAUUUUCAAUGCCAUGGUUUAUCUUCAUCCUUUAAAAGGAUCCAUCGCUACGCUUAAUCCUCUGGUCAAAACUGUAAUAUCUCUGCUAGACGAUACUGCUGAGAAAAUUACCGAGUUUAUCAAGAUCAAGUUUGAAACUGUUGAUGUAUUGGAAGCACAUCGGUACGCGUGCUAUGCAGUUGCAGAGGGUAAUAACCCUUCUGCAAAUUUAACAGAUGUUCGUUUUGUCGUUAGUUUUGAUCCCAACGAAUUCUUCCAUACUGCAUUGCCCUCCAUCCGUCCAACUGCUCCUUUAGUUACCCCAUCAAAAAAACGAUACCUCGUGGCAUUCCUUAUCAUGGUUCACGAAGAUGCUGGGUUGCAUCAACUUAAAAUGCUCAUUGAUUUAUUGGACGAUGGAAACGCCAUCAUUCUAAUUCACGUAGACAAAUCAGCUCAAGAUCUUUAUAUCCGCAUUUCGGAAUAUCUGGCUGAUCGUAGCUAUAGCAGCACUGCUCCAAAGGGAAAUCUUUUUCUUGCGCAAAACCGUUUCGCCAACACCUGGGGCCAUAUCUCUUUGGUCUACACCCAGCUCAGCGGGUUUUGGGAGCUUGUGGAUCUAGCCGAUUGGGACUAUAUUGUUAAUUUAUCCAACUACGACUGGCCGCUUCGGAACAAUGUUGACAUGCAUGCUGCUUUAUCCCUCUAUCCCCGAUUCAGUUGGAUUGAUUACUGGAACGAUACAGAAGCGAUUGCCGAUCGGUUUUUGAGACCUCAUCUAGCGAGAGCUGAUCACUCUACAGUAUAUCAUCCCCCAGAGUUGAGUAUCACCAGCUGGCCAUUUUCUCAUUGGAGAGCUUAUAAACAGAUGCAGUGGAUGGUAUUGACCAGAGAAGCAGUACAAUUUUUUCGAAAGGAUAAGCACGCAAUCAAUUAUUUAGCAUUCAUGGAGCAUACAUUGCUGCCAGAGGAAUCGUUUUUUGCUACAGCUCUAGUGAAUUCCAAACUCAGUUCGUUUUUAAAACGUGACAAGAAGCGGUAUGUACGAUCUCCAUAUGAUCACUCCAGUCCACCUUGGAUUGGAUGGUCAGAUCGGCACAUUUUCCGUCCUUCGCAGACCGAUCCAGAAUUUAUUUUUCUUCGGCCAUUCAAUGUUUUGGGCGAAUUCUUUGGCGAGACCAAGCUUAUCGAGUGGAUUCGUGUCAAUCACCUAACAAUUGAUCCAAAGCAGCCAUGCUAUCGCGAUCAAUUGGGAUAUCGUGAUGAGUGUCUAGAGGAAAUUGCUGCGACAAUUGCUGAAAACAACGAAUUGAUUCUGAUUCCUGUCAAUCUGGAUUUCAUUCCUGUUGUUGAAAACCUCCGGUGUUCAUUGCUUAAAUUUGGCAUGCGUAACAUUCUACACUGGGCAAUCGAUAUCCAAACACACGACAAACUUAUCGAAGCUGGGUUCAUGUCAUUCUUUAUGCCCAAUAUAAAAGGAGGACCCAACAGAUAUGUCAGUGGAACUCCUACUUUCAACAAAAUACUAAGACAUAAACCCAAAGUAAUUCAACGGCUCUUGGAUGCCGGGUUCCAUGUAGUCUACCUGGAUGCUGAUUUGGUCGUAACAAAGGAUUUCCGUGAUACAAUGCGGAAACUUGUGAGUGGCGGUGUGGGAGACUUGUUUUCAGCUCGUGCAGAUGUUCUUUUAGCUAUUCAAGGGGAUGCAUGGAAUGGUGAAACCGAUCCUCAACAAUUAGUGAUAGCACCGACAGACCAUAUCACCACCUCGACUCUUCCCAAAGCUAUGACGGGGAUCAUGUAUUUCCGUAAUACUCCUGGCUCCAAACGAUUUAUUGAGGAUGUCAUUAAACGGCAAGGGCUAGAUUUGAUCUUGGAUGAUCAAGAAGCUGUCAGGGAAGCAGUCGCUCAGACGCGGAACGUUAUUUGGACUGGAGUUGGCUUACCUUUACACCCCAACGCUGAUCCAUCGACUCAAGAUUCAACGAGCAAGAGUUUACUUCAUCCCCAGUCAGCAACUUCGUCUAAAAACAAUGGCGGGCUAUUUUCAGGCAACUUUGCCGAGUUUUUCCGACUGGCUUUUCUCUCAAAAGAUGAAGCGGUGGAUGAUGGUCGCACUCGUGUUCAUUUUUUGGAUCAGAUUGAAUUUGUGUCGGGAGAUUUGUAUUUUGGUAACCAUAAGCUUCUGCCAGUAGAUUACACCGGAUUCCAGGUGAUUCAUACCGGCGGAACCCAUGUGGAUGUGUCUUACACACUUAAAAAGCAUGGACUGUGGACUUUGGAUAAAGAGGGAAGGUGCUUGAUUCAGGAAAAAAAGCCGAGUAAAGGCCUAUCUGGCAUAAAUGACGAGACUCGGUACCACGAUGUUGUUGAAAAAGAAAUUGCUAAAUCUAAUAACCAAGAAGGCUGGAACGGAGAGUCGAAUAACAAGGACAUUUCACACUUUCUUGGUGAUAAUUAAAACCAAAUUCAGAAAUAC